AGUGUUGUCAAAGUGCAGAGCUACCGUGCAGAACACAGCAGAGAGGACGGUGAGGGGAAAGGAAAAGUAUGCAGCAGACGGGCAGAGAGAAGAGGCAGAGGGGGAAUACUCUGUGAAAUCCUGCCCAAGGUAUACGGUCGCUUAAAAGGCUUAAAAGCUUGGAGAAAAUUGGAUCAGGGAGAAUCGUCACCCAACUUUCAUUAUUUCCAAGUGGUGUGAUUGAAUUAAAGGGCAAGAUGGUGGUUGGAGAGGAGUGGGGUGGAUGGGUAGAGGGGUGGGCGGCGGCGGCGGAGGGGUGCGUAAUGGCGUGGUAUUAAAUUCUAAUUAGAGAUGCAGGGGAUCAAUGAUAGGGAGGUUGGACAGCCCGGGCCCCCAGUGCCAGCCCAAUAGACUGAUGAGUUAUUGUCAUGUAAAAAAGCGCUAGCAAUAAGACCAAACGCUUUGCUAUUGUCCAAGCGGAAAGAGCCAAGUUUAUUAUGAGGACUAUAUGCUCUAGAGACCUCGGGCUAGGCGGCUCUUAGGGGGCUUUUCAUAAAACAGGGCUAGGUUCUUAUAAAGGAGGCCAGUUUUGGAGCAGGCGUUGAGCAGUGAACAUCUACCCACCGUCCAGCCUCCCUCCACCCAGUCCAAACCAAACAGUCCUCUCUGCACAUCUCUGAGCGCGUCCUCCUCUUUUUAUUCUUAUUAUUUUUUUUCUUCCUGUCCGUUUUUGGGAGCAUUUGUCUGGCCGUUUUUUUCCCAGGGAAGUGCAGAUCUCAGUCUCUACAGAGCCGUCUCAAAUGUAUAAAAUGGAGUAUUCUUACCUAAAUUCCUCUGCCUACGAGUCAUGUAUGGCCGGGAUGGACACGUCGAGCUUGGCAUCGGCCUAUGCGGACUUCAGCUCGUGCAGUCAAGCCAGUGGGUUUCAGUACAAUCCCAUCAGGACCACUUUCGGAGCCACCUCCGGCUGUCCGUCUCUAACGCCGGGGUCCUGCAGCCUCGGGACCCUGCGAGACCACCAGAGCAGCCCGUACGCCGCAGUUCCCUACAAACUCUUCACGGAUCACGGCGGGCUGAACGAGAAGAGGAAGCAGAGGCGCAUCCGGACCACCUUCACCAGCGCGCAGCUCAAGGAGCUCGAGCGCGUUUUUGCGGAGACGCACUACCCGGACAUCUACACCAGAGAGGAGCUGGCGCUCAAAAUCGAUCUGACCGAGGCCAGAGUGCAGGUGUGGUUCCAAAACCGCCGCGCCAAAUUCCGCAAGCAGGAGCGCGCAGCUGCAGCGGCCGCCGCGGCCGCCAAGUCCAGCUCUGGGAAGAAGGCCGACUCCAGGGACGAAGACAGCAAAGACGCCAAAAGCACCGACCCCGACAGCACAGGAGGACCCGGGCCGAACCCGGUCCCCACCUCCAACUGCAGCGGGCCGAGCCCCACAGCCGGACAGGUCAACACCACCGGAGGCGGACAGGUGGAGCAGGCCAAAAGCUCCGUUUCCACCGGCAUGGGGGUGACAGCACAGAGCCAAGGCUGGGCCACAGCUCCCGGUACCAUCACAUCCAUCCCGGACUCUUUGGGGGGGCCCUUCGCAAGCGUACUGUCGUCUUUGCAAAGACAGAAUGGCGCCAAAGCGACGUUAGUAAAGACCAGCAUGUUCUAAUGCAGAGCCCUCCCUCCCUUCUCCUGAGACUGGAAAAGCAAUCGCCCAAGAUUCACCGAAGGGCAAUAAAGCAAAGUUAGACAAAGAACAAUAAGAUUUAUUGGAUUUUCUGUUUUCGUUUUGCCUUGCGAUGGUCCUUGUGGUCAACCGGUGUCCUGUAAAAUAUUCCAUCCUAGCGAGUCAUCAGAACACAUGUCCCACAGGAGUCUUCUGUGACCGAAGACAAUUUCCCCGCAAUGAAGACAGGUAUGGGAAAGACGUUUUAAAAACAGAUGGAUCACGUGACUGACCAAACAGCGCAAGUCCGACGCGCCUCGGGGCGCCUCGCGCUCCGCCGCCGUCACCUGCAGGCUCACCUUUUCUGUCCUCAGCUGCUCUCAGUUUAGUUUCUUUCAAUUAUCGACAUGAAGACAUUUAUUUCCGCGAGGAAAAAUGGCACAAACUGCUGCAAUGUUCGCCCGACAUGAACUGUUUGUUUUGUGUGUUUCGUGGCUCCAACUGUAUAGUGUUAAUAAGUAUAACUGUCUCCUGUAGUUGAACCAUAGGCCAUUCUCCCUCUAGAUCCAUCACGUCUCUUUGAUGUUUUACGUAAUUCCCUUGAAAAUAUUUCUGUUGGCUUUUAAAAAGAGAGAUGAUACAAAGUUUGUAUUUAUUUCCUAUGAUUUGCAUGUUGUCUCUUUGUCUGAUUUUACGAUGAGUUUCCUCUCAUUUUGUGAGUAACAUUCUUUGUCCACGAUCCGACAGUUAUUUAUAUGUAGGUAAUGAAUGCUUAUAUUUAAGAAGGAAAUAUUUCUACAUGUGCACAUAGUUUUCCAGGUGUACCAUUGAAAUGAUUGUUGAUGAUAAAAAAGGAAAAUUUCA